UGUUGUGUUUCAUCAGAUCAUCAUCUUCAUAUCUUCUUCAAGUUUGGUCCUAUUUUUUGGUGUUCGUUUUACAGCAAAAGCAAUUGUCAGAAGAAGAAGGAGAUGGGGGGCCGGUCCCUUGUGUCUCAGUUUCUUAAUCUCUCAACUGUUUGUCCACGCUUCACGUCAUUUGGUGCUUCAAAUAAAUUACAACGGAGACUGCGAAUGAUUAAUGAGAAUCACCUUCAGGUUGUUGGAGGUGUUAGCAGCCAGCGAUGUUGUUGCAGUGUUUCAUCACCCGAACCCACUGUUUCAGACAGUUCCCCUACGUCUAUAAAGAAGAGAAUCGUUUCUGGAGUCCAACCAACAGGAUCCAUACACCUUGGAAAUUAUCUUGGUGCAAUUAAGAAUUGGGUAUCACUGCAGGAUAAAUAUGAGACAUUGUUCUUUAUUGUGGAUCUCCAUGCAAUAACUCUACCCUAUGAUGUCCAACAACUGUCUAAAGCAACUAGAGACACUGCAGCACUUUAUUUGGCAUGUGGAGUAGACACCUCGAAGGCAUCUGUAUUUGUGCAAUCUCAUGUUCGUGCUCAUGUAGAAUUGAUGUGGCUGCUGAGUUCUGCUACCCCAAUUGGCUGGUUGAACCGAAUGAUUCAGUUCAAAGAGAAAUCGCGAAAGGCGGGUGAUGAAAAUGUUGGGGUAGCACUUUUAACAUAUCCAGUGUUGAUGGCUUCUGAUAUUCUUUUGUACCAGUCUGAUUUAGUCCCAGUUGGUGAGGAUCAGAAGCAGCAUUUAGAGUUGACUCGGGAACUUGCUGAACGCAUCAAUCAUUUAUAUGGUGGUAGGAAAUGGAAAAAGUUAGGAGGGCGGGGUGGUUCAAUCUUUAAGGUUCCCGAGCCCUUAAUUCCUCCUGCCGGAGCACGAGUGAUGUCCCUUACUGAUGGUCUUUCGAAGAUGUCCAAGUCUGCUACUUCAGAUCAGUCUCGUAUUAAUUUGCUUGACUCUAAAGAUGCAAUUGCAAACAAAAUCAAGCGCUGCAAAACAGAUUCUUUUCCCGGCUUGGAGUUUGACAAUGCUAAUAGGCCUGAAUGCAACAAUCUUCUUUCCAUUUAUCAUAUCAUUACAAACAGGACAAAGGAGGAAGUUGCACAAGAAUGCCAGGAUAUGAACUGGGGAACUUUUAAAGUUGUUCUUACUGAUGCUUUAAUUGAACACCUCAAUCCAAUCCAGGCUAGGUACCAGGAAAUCAUAUCCGAUCCAGGUUAUCUCGACCAAGUUUUAGCAGAGGGUGCAGGUAAAGCUUCAGAUAUAGCAGAUAAGACUCUAAGUAAUGUAUACCAGGCAAUGGGAUUCUUAAAGAGAUGAAAACCAACAAUACAAUAAACAUACUAUAUCCCGAGAUCAAGAAUGCUAUCCUAUGGUUCAACAUUGACCCAGAUUUUCCAAUUUUACAAAUAGAUAAAGCAAAACAGUAGAUGGGUUCACAUUCUUUUAAUGCAAUUAUAUUAAUGUAUCAUGCAACCUUACAUUUGAUGCAAGUCGCUUAGUGCUUUGUUAUGGUAAGGUCAAUAGUCCCAGAAACAUUUCUAGACCCGGAGUGUUGUUCUUGGUGUAAUUAGAGUUGGAUAUAAUAUUGAGUUGGUUCUUGUAGGAAGCGGGUUUUUACCAAUAGCCUAUUGGCAAGUUACUUGUAUUUUGGGGUUUUCUAUGAGGGAUCAAAUCUUGAGUGAAGGAUAAUUUUGAGGUU